UCCUCCUCCUCCCCAUCUUUCACCCAGAGUAAACCCAGGCAGACGGAGCGCGUUCUUAUCGAGCUCGAGGUGUGGGAAUUGGAAAUCAGCUGUGUUUGACUGUCAGCGCCCAACCGGUCGAGCUCUGCAGUGUAGGGGAUCGAGAGGGGGGGGGGGACAUAUAGACAAAGACAGUGAGAUGGGUCCUGAGACAGUGAGGUAUUCGUGAUUGUCAAGUAAACGGCGGUGAAGUUCUCCGGCUCCGCUCGGAUCUUUUCUCCAGGUCGGUGAGUGUGUGAUUGAGUGUUCAGCAUGAGUAACAUCUAUGAGUCUGCAGAGGCCACGCUGGGCUUCAUCAGCUCUCCGUGCCUGACCAAAGUAGAACUAAGAGUGGCCUGCCGGGGGAUCUCGGAUCGUGAUGCCCUUUCCAAACCCGACCCAUGUGUGGUGCUGAAGAUGCAGUCGCACGGCCAGUGGUUUGAGGUGGACCGUACAGAGGUGAUCCGCAGCAGCAGCAGCCCGGUUUUCUCUAAGAUUUUCUUGGUGGAUUAUUACUUUGAGGAGGUCCAGAGGCUCCGUUUUGAACUUCACGACAUCAGCUCCGGCAACAACGGCCUCCGUGAUGCUGACUUCUUGGGAGCCAUGGAGUGCACCUUAGGACAGAUUGUUUCACAGAGGAAACUGACUAAAGCUCUCCUCAAACAGGGAAACACUGCUGGAAAGUCUUCUAUCAUGGUGACAGCUGAGGAGCUGUCUGGUAAUGACGAUUAUGUUGAACUCUCAUUCAGUGCUCGUAAGCUCGACGAUAAGGAUUUCUUCAGCAAGUCAGACCCUUUCCUGGAGAUUUUUAGAAUAAAUGAUGACAGCACCGAGUCGCUUGUUCACAGAACUGAGACGGUCAUGAAUAACCUGAGCCCGGUUUGGAAAUCCUUCAAAGUUUCUUUAAACACACUCUGCAGUGGAGACCAUGACAGGGAGCUGAAGUGCACAGUUUGGGACUGGGACUCAAAUGGAAAACAUGACUUUAUCGGGGAGUUUCAUACCACGUUUAAGGAGAUGAGGGCAGAGCAGGAGGGCAAACAGAUCCAAUGGGAAUGCAUCAACCCUAAAUAUCAGAUGAAGAAGAAGAAUUAUAGAAACUCUGGUGUUGUCAUUCUCAACCACUGUAAGAUUAUCAAAAUGUAUUCCUUCCUGGAUUACAUCAUGGGAGGCUGCCAGAUUCAGUUCACAGUGGCUAUAGAUUUUACAGCAUCCAACGGGGACCCCAGAAACAGCUGCUCCCUACACUACAUCCACCCCUACCAGCCCAAUGAGUACCUCAAAGCGCUGGUGGCUGUAGGGGAGAUAUGCCAAGACUAUGACAGUGAUAAAAUGUUCCCUGCAUUUGGAUUUGGAGCUCUGAUACCCCCUGACUUCAAGGUGUCACAUGAUUUUGCUGUGAACUUUGAUGAGGACAAUCCUGAAUGUGCAGGGAUCCAAGGUGUGGUGGAGGCCUAUCAGAAUUGCCUCCCCAAGAUCCAGCUGUACGGGCCCACUAACAUCGCCCCAAUCAUUCAGAAAGUGGCCUCCUCUGCCUCAGAGGAAAUGCACACCAAAGAAGCCAUGGAAUACUUCAUCCUGCUGAUCCUGACGGACGGCGUCAUCACCGACAUGGCGGACACGCGGGAGGCCAUCGUGCACGCCUCUCACCUGCCCAUGUCUGUCAUCAUUGUUGGUGUGGGCAACGCAGACUUCACAGACAUGCAGAUACUGGACGGGGACGACGGGAUUCUGCGUUCACCCAAGGGCGAGCCCGUCCUCCGUGACAUCGUCCAGUUUGUCCCUUUCAAGGACUUCAAGCAUGCCUCCCCUGCUGCCCUGGCUAAGAGUGUUUUGGCAGAAGUCCCUAACCAGGUGGUAGAUUACUACAACGCGAAAGGAAUUAAACCCAAGUGUAUGUCAGAUUACGAGUCCACAAGAACCUUCAGCCCCUGACAAUGGACUGCGUGCACACAUACAUACACAUACAUAUAUAAAUCAUAUAUCUACAUUUAAGUACUGUAUAAAACGUAUACAUGUCCAAAAGCACAAGCACACAUACACAAACAAACAUGUACACUAAACAAUACUACAUACAGUAGUCUAGCUCAGAGAAUUAGCUCGUUCUGGUGAUACAAAUUGAACUACUCCAUUGAUGACUAUUGCAUGUUUGGCCACAAUGGGAUCACCUGGGAAAUUAUCUACUGUAUUAUCUACUGUACAUUAAAAAAGGUAUUUAUAGAAAUAAGAACAGUCUUCUGAAACAGCAUGCAUACUCAGACCUUAGCUCACUGGGAAAAAAAUGACACUCUUACCUUAUUUAGAUAACUAGCAAGUAUCUGUCAGCAUAGAGCCCAAAAUGUGAGACUGCAUAACCCGAAAUGCUUAGAAUUAGCAUUGCAAAUGUUAUUUAUAGGAUUGGUAGCAUUCUUAUUUGUGUACUGCAUAAAUGCAUGCAUAAUUCAGCUCCUGUUAAUGCCUCUUUUCUAGUGGUUGCUUGCUAGUUAUGAAAUAAAGUAUCUCUGUCAUUUGUGUGAGAUUCAGGGUUGUCUUUGGUGUUUGGGGUUCUUUUCUACAGAUUUGUUUGAGAUUUUGCUAAAUGGAAAUGAACAACUGAAUAAUUGUAAUAAUUUCUUAAUAACCUUCUUACAUUGUAAAGAGUUUUGGGAGGAUAGAAAAGCUUGUGUGGUAGAUACUCACCUGUGAAAUGAAUUUUUUUUUUCUGUAUUCUGCAUGUUGAUUCUAAUAAAAACCCUUUGGUUUUCUCA